AUGCGUGUGCAGCUGUCCGUCAUCGACACAGGCGCCCAAGACCUCGGCCUGUGCCGCGGCUUCGUCUUCGCGCUUCCUCGCGCACUCGGGCCAGCCGGCGACGCGCUCGUCGACGCGGUGAGGCAGGCUGUCGAGGGUGUCGUUCGCGAGUGGAUUCUUCUUCGCGGCGUCCCUGUCUGGCAAGCCGAGAGCCGCACCUGGGCCAUCGACACGAGCACACACGCUCGACCGACCUUUAGCUUCACGACCGCGACAGUCGACAAGCCGUACCACCAGGCCAUCAACCUGUCGCAGCCUCUCGAGCCCUUGUCGUCGUCCUCGACUUCCGGCGAGAUGCACCCGUUCGUCGCCGCACACUUCCGCCACGCCGAGACGCCGACGACGAUGCAGCAGCACGCCAAGAAGAAGCACCCGCUCCUGUCGGUCCACAUCGUCCGCUUCGUCGACGCCGUCUCGCUCGGCAUUUCGGCACCGCACGGCCUGUUCGACGGCACGGGCCUUGCGCACGUCCUCGCGGGCAUCACCGCAGGCUUGCGCGACGACGUCGAGUGGGUCGCACCUCCCGUCCACGAGUCGAACCCGCUCAGCGAGGCUCGUCGCGCCCUCAUGUCGACCGAGUCGACCGCGCUCGCCGGCGACGAGCAGGAGCGUCCGCCCGUCCUCCUCGGCUGGACGCCGUUCUCCGUCCUUGCGCUCGUCGCGCUCCUCAUGCAGGCUCUGUGGGACAAGUGGCGGCACGGCGCGACGCUGCGGUACGCCUUCAUCAGCCGAGACGCGGUCGAUGCUCUUGUCGACGAGGUCAAGGGCGAGGUCAAGGUCGAGACGAGCGGCAAGGAGUGGGUCUCGACAGGAGACGUCUUGACUGCGUGGGUCCUCAAGAACUUUCACGGCGACGACGCCUCGGCGACAGGCUCUGUUCUCUGCUCGCCCGUCUUCAACAUCCGCUCUCUACUCGCGACGUCGUCGACCGACCUCGCCGAGCCGCUCGCGAGCCACACGGGCAAUGCCGUCGUCCCCUAUUCCUUCUCGCCCCAGCCUAUCCGCCUCUCGCACCUCGCCGCGACCUCGGUCGGCGCCCUCGCCCUCGUUCAUCGCCGCACGCUCGCCGGCUGCAAGACCCUGCCGUGGCUGCGCGACACGCUCCUCGCCGGCGACAGGGUCACGCAGGGCGGCAAGAUGCCCAUGCUCCCGCUGCGCGACUUUCCCUGGGUCGUCGACCGCGCACGAGGGACGACGCGCUGGAUCGUCUCGAACCACAUGUCGUCGUUCGCCGCCCUGCGUAUCCCUCGAGCAGCUACGUUCGUCGACGGCGAGGGCGACGCCGAUGACGACUGGGACGGUCGUGCGGGCGAUCUGCCGCUGUUGGCGUACUACCGCUCCGUCGCGGCGCCGCUCGACCUCAACUCGACGUUCGCCCUUCAAUUGUCCGACGACGGCCUCUUCGUCGUCGCGAGCGCACGCCGAGCACGAUGGGACGCUCUCAUGCGGGCGAUCGACGACCUUGACCGACGAGCCAAGUCGUGACAAGGAACUCGCCGAAUGGGCUCGAGCGCGAGAGCAUGCGGCGGGGUCGAAACGAGCGGGCUCUUUCUUUCUGCUUUCGUGCAACGCUCUCGAUGCAGUGAACACAGAGACACGACCAUC